AUGGAGAAUCAAUGGAACUCCGUCGUUUCUUCUUUGCAGGAUAUCUAUAAUGCUAAUGAAGUUAAUAAUUUUGACGAAGAUGUGGCUUUAAAAGAAUUAAAUUUUAAUGACUUAUCAAAUGAUUCAUUGACAAGUCAUAUUACUCAAUUACAAGAACACAUGGAAAAUGUAAAUAGAGCUAAAAGGUUACUGAGUUCAAUUAGAGAGAAUUUAAAUUAUAUAAUAAACGAUACCGAUUCAAAAAACCGUGAAGAUCCAUUUACAAAAAUUGAAUCAACAUCAAACGCUAGCUCAAGUACCGUUACCACAAGAGCACAUAAUAAUACAUCAAUCCCUAAUAAUAAUGCUCUUUUAAGAGACAGAACAGGUGAAACUGCAACUGGCGCAAAUACAAGAAUUAAACAGGAAACACACACAGAACCUAUAACUCCUGCGGGUAAAAACAAUGGGAGUGGCACUAAUGGUAAAAUUUAUUGGGUGAGUCAAUAUAAUGCAAUCACAUCAAUAAAGUUAGGAUCUAAUGUAGCAUAUAAACCUAAGAAAUCAAUCGAUGGAGAAUGGUUUCAUUGCGAGGUUGUAAAAAUAUCGAUCGAUGGAUUGAGAUUUGAAGUCAAAGAUCCAGAACCAGAUGAGUUUGGAAACCCAGGUAAAAUAUUCAAAUGUACUUGGAAAGAUAUAAUUCUAAUACCACCUGAAAAUGCAACCAAAGCUCAAAUGCCAAAUUAUCCUACCAAUACAAGGGUGUUAGCUAGAUAUCCAGAGACUACGACAUUCUAUCCUGCAAUAAUAAUAAGCACCAAAAGAGACGGAACUUGUAGACUAAAAUUUGAUGGAGAAGAAGAAGUAGAUAGAGAAACAGAACUUCCUAGAAGAUACGUGCUUCCAUUACCCAACAUUUCAGCAAAACCAUUUAAAAAAUAA